AUGCCCCGUCCUGCCCGGAAAUCGCUGCAGACGUCGAUGCCUGGCGACACGCCAGCACCGUCAACAUCCCAAACCGCGACUGCACGCACGCCCGUCGCUGGCACGCCAACUGCUGUGGCCUACUCUUGCGUGGCCUGCAAACAGCGCAAAGUUCGAUGCAGCCGCCAGUAUCCCUGCGCCGAAUGCGUGCGCAUGGAUGUCGAAUGUGUUCCGUCUUCCAGGAAACCGUACGCGGCGCGGAAGCGGAGACGGGGCCAAGGCGAAGCCGAAAGCUCCGAGCAGCCCCGGCCGCACAACCAUCCGAUAUCGCGUACCGGUGAUUCUCCGCAAGAACGAAUGGGGCCAGAACGCCAACAGACUGAUGCGACCACCGAACGGCCCACGCUUCUCGCCUUUGGGCACAUCAAUCCCCUGUCCAAGGUCAUCUACGCGCCACAGGUGCAGGAUCUCGUAAUCCAGGCCGCGGGUAGUUACGACAGUCUCUCGACGGUCAACAUUGCGCUGUUGUUCUCCAUCUAUGCUGCUGCGGUCUCGGCCAUGUCCGAGGCCGAGUGCGUGGCCAAGCUCGGCGAGGCCAAACAGACUCUUCUGGAGCGAUACCUGUCGUGUGCUCAAAAAGCCCUGGCCGCUGCCGGUUUCAUGCGUUAUACGAACCUGGCCCUCGUCCAGGCAUUUACUAUCUUUUUGCUUGCUGCACGACAGAGCUACGACGCCAGUUCUAUGUGGCUCUUGACGGGUAUGGCCUUGCGGAUGGGGCAGCGGCUUUUGGCGACGGUGCCUGCCAAGUCAACCAAGACGAGUGAUGCCAAUGGAAACAGCCACAGUAUCAGGCCUAGAGACAGAAACAAAGGCGGCAAGCCAGAGGCGCCGAGUUUCUUCGAGACACAAAUGCGCCUGCGCGUGUGGUGGCAGAUCUUGCUGAUUGAUGGGCGUGUCGCUCAGUUGUCUGGCCAAUCACGUAUUGUCUAUAGCGCACUGCCCGACUACCCGCUGCCGGCCAACCUCAGCGACAGCGACAUCAAUCCCGACAUGGUGAGCCCCCCUCCACCUAUCGAGGACCGCCCUACGGAGAUGGUAUUUUGUCUUCUGCGCUACGAGAUGGGCAAGUUUAUGUUCGCCAAGGGCAGCCUGCUCAACGACCCGACAUCUAAGAUGGCGGAUCGCGACGCCGCUAUUGACGACAUCGCCGCAUACUUCAAAGAGAAGUUCCUCGAUCAUCUCGAUCCAGCCAUUCCGCUUCAUCACAUUGCCGAGGCUGGUGCUCACGCUGCGGUCGACAAAAUGCGUCUCAUGGCCCACCACCCGGGCCAAUAUCCAGACAAGGGCAAGUCGAUGCCGCAAGCCGAGCACGACAUGCUCUUUAAGACGAGUAUCGACAUGGUUGACAUUCUCGUGCAAGGGUUCGACGCACGGUACCUUGAGCAUUUUAAAUGGCACAUUGACGUCUACUUUCAGCUCGACGCAGUUGUCUUUAUGCUGAUCGAGUCGCAAAGUCAGCCACCCGAGAGCGAGCUCGUCAACAGGGCGUGGGAGCUCGUCGCGUCGGUGCUGCACUUCAAGCGCGACCUCGUGCAGGAAGACGACGAAUUGGGACGAGCGGUGAGGCAACUCGUCUUCCGAGCUUGGGAGUCCCGUGAGCGUCGGGCGCGGAAGCAGAACCCAGGGGCGGCACUACCUACGCCGCCUGCUUCUGUAGCACAACUGCUCUCAGAAAUGCGACAGAGAAGGAGGACCCGGCCGACGCAAACAAAUGGAGAAGGACCCCGUGCGAAUGACGACACAUCCGGGCCCGACGGCGACGGUGAAUCCGCUCUGCAAGUAAGCCCUGGUAGCACGGCUGUUGAGUCUGCAGCCGUCGUUUCGACAAUGCACGAAACAUUAUCGGAUCUGGCACCACCGCCGGACGUACAAUACUCUGGACCUGGGUCCUCCAGUCUUGACACGUCGCCAUUUUCGUCGUACAACGAUGUCGACUUGCUGGGUUGGGAGACGAUAGACUGGGACUCGUGGGGCUACUGGAACCAGCUCCUGCAGGGCCAAGCCUGA